AUGGAUGCCAAAGCGAAGGUUGAUAUCGAGAGAAGCGUACGGAAAAUCAUCGAAGAAUCGGACAUGGCGUCCACGACUGAGGCACAGAUUCGAAAGAGGGCGUCCCAGGUGCUGGGACUCGACCUCAAUAAACCCGAGUACAAGGCCUUCGUCAGGCACGUCGUCAACAAGUUCCUAGAGGAACAAACUGCGAAAGAAGCAGCUGCCGAGGAGGAAGAAGAAGAAGAGGAGGAGGAGGAGGAGGACAAAGGUGGGAAAGAUGGCAAGGAGUACGACGAUGAUGGCGAUCUCAUCGUUUGCAGGUUAACUUCGAAGAGGAGGGUGACGAUUCAGAACUUCAGGGGAAGGAACUUGGUAUCGAUAAGGGAGUUUUACAGUAAGGAUGGUAAAGAGCUUCCAACGGCUAAAGGUAUAAGUCUCACAGAGGAGCAAUGGUCGACCCUAAGGAAGAACAUGGACGCCGUAGACGAAGCAGUCAAGAAGAUGCAGGACUACUGA